GUGGGGUUCAAGUCGUGGGCGGGGCGUUUUUGCUGGUGAGGGCGACGACCACAGCCCGAGCAAGGAGUGAGGUUCACACACCUGUGGCAGCGAGAGCGAGGGUCGCACGUGGCGGCCGUCCAAGUAGGGGCAAAUGGGGACGACAGCCGGCAAGGGACGUCUCGUUCGAGAACGGGGGACACAACGGCGAAGGCCCGAGGGUGAGCAGGGCCGCGGGGGAAGCGUGUGAUGAGACAUCUCCAGCUCAGAUCUGCAAGCUCAAAGUUGGGGUGAAUCUGCAUCUUGGAGUCGCAGUGGCUUCCCGUGUGUCUUGGCCUGCUGCAUUUGACUCGGCAUCUGUGGCGCUACGCUGUGUUUCCAAUUGUGUGUUGUCGAUGGGCAGCAAUGACGGCUGGCGGCGUUGAGAUGGGUCUCUCGCAUGCGGUUCACCGUCACCUCUCUCUCCUGACGCUCGUCUGACGAAUUGAGGUACGAGAGGACACUGGCAUGACACUGUGUGUGUCAUCUUUUUCUGUGUGGCUGUGGCUGAUCUGAGGCCUUCUUGCGUCUAUGCUGUUGAGUGAGGGUGGGCGAGAGAAGUCUGUCGCAGCCAGCUGACUUACUUACAUCCCCAGGAGCCGACUGAGGUGCGGAAAGGGCAAGAAAGCCACACUGAUGUUCACAUAUCGAUGAGGCGCCACCAAUGCAUUCGCUCAUAUGAUGUCUGUGUUUUGUGUGUUUGUGUGAGCAGAUGUCGGCUGCUGAUGGAGCUGGUGGCUCUGCUAACGAGCCAUCCUCGUCGGCUGCGUCGGCAGCUGGCAAUGGUACCAAAGACUUCCGCUGCACAGAAGCACAACCAUGCAGACAGACAUGUGCGUGGCGGGCGUGUUUCAGGUGCCGGCAAUGCACCUUCUGCCCACCAGCAGCAGCAGCAUGAUCGCCCCAUCAGUGCCUCUGAUGUGCCGCAAGAUCUCGCACCAACAGUUGCCGAGUACGUCAGGAGCUACGCGCAGCUGGAGGCCCUCAUCGCCGCCCAUCCCACCCAAUUCACCGCCGCCGUCCUGCUGCCCAUCCUCACACGCCUGCUGCCCGUCGUAGUGGAGGCCAUGUUCGGUGUGUUGGUGGAGGUCCCCAUCCCUCAGUUGGCCCUGGAAGUUGCUGCUUUGGUGCCUUCCCCUCAUCGCAGCGCCCUUCCGCUUCUCGCGAUGCGUCUGCUGGGUGUGCUGCUGCCCAUUGUCGGCCUCGGCUCAUUCCUGGUGUGGAUCAUCCCCCGGCUGCCCCUCCCUCAGUCACUCAGCCACGGCUGCCGCAUGGCAUACCUCAUCGAACAGCUCACACGCCGGCUGAAGAGGCUGGAGAGGCUGGAGAGGGGCCGCGAUUGGGGGAGGUGGCCGCCCCAUUUGGAGAUGCUUUAUCUGCUGAGGGGCAAGCGGCCUUUGGUGUUGAGUGGCGACAACUUUGGUGUGUUCGGCAGCCGGGCGGCCUUCGUGAGUGAGACAGAGGCGGUCCGGCAGUGGAAGAUACUCAGCCGGGGGGUCACCGUCAGUUUUGGAGGACAACAGAUACGACUGAUGGACGGCGACAGCAUCUUUCACCCCCCCAAUGACCCUUCCGCCCCCACGCUCCUGACGUCUGCCAGCGCCCGCUUCCGCUUCCCUGAUCCAUUCGACCGCGCCAACCCGCCCACACAGUUACCCCUCUGGACGUACCGCAGCUACACAUCAAUGGUGGCAUUCGUCCUGUUCGACUUGCUUUAUGACGGCGGCCGCGUCCGUUGGAUAAAAUUCUGGACGUCUUGCCAUCCUGCUUCUGCUGCAUCUCAGCGUGUGUGUGAGCUGCUGACGGCCUCUGCCAGCGAUGCGGCACAGUGGGGGCCGGGGGUGGCCGUGUUCGACAAGAAGUGGUCUGACGGGGCGGCGGUACGACGUCAUCGGCUGGUGGUGGUGGGGAGUGAGGUGAUGGGCGAGGGACACAUGGCAGCGAUAAAUUGGCUGAUGGAUGGGGAGGGGCAUCAACGGCUGGUGGUGUUUGGGAGUAAGGCGAUGGGGGACGGGCACAUGGCGAUCAUUCAGCUGGCCGACUGGGGGGAUUGUUCCCGCUCUGUUACCAUCCGCACGACCGAGUCGGCCCCCCACGACAAGACGCGCACUGCCGUGAUGAGAAUGCUGGGGGAUCACCUGGGGGGCAAGGUGUGGCGGGGAGAGUGGGAGAGGUAGUGGGUGGGUGCCGGAGUCUCUCCACCAACAGUCAUUGUGAGAUCGUUCUUCGUCAUUUUAAGCUGAGAAACUGUGGGCGAGCCGACGGCCAACACGAGGAGAUGCACUGUGAUGUGAUCGGGGGCUUUAUCGCUGUGUCGCUCUCAAGCAGGAGAGGACACCGACAGAUAGACGGCCGGGCACAACGGGUUUUUGCUCUCUGCCCGUCCGGUUGCCUGGGGCCUCUGCGUGUGCCUUUCCUUGACAGUAUGAGAGGGAACAAAGGCAGAGUUAAGUGGUUUUUCUGUUCUGUUGCUGCCCUUCCUGCUGUGAGCUUCGUCCUCGUCGUGUAUCUGUACGCUCAUCUGUAGGUGUUAGAACAGAGCUCUAUGUGUGUGUGUGUGAGUGUGUGUGUGUACUGUAAGUUUUACAGUGAGGUAAGACCGAUCCUGUGUCACACAGAUUGAGUGAAAUGAGUGCAUUUCUGCCCAUUGGAUUGGAUGGACCAACUAACCACAGUAACACGGCCAUCCGUUGGUCGGGUCGAG